AUGUCCGGUCUUCGGUCAUACAUCCUCGACGAGGAUCCAGAGAGCCCAGCAACCUUGCACUCCUCUCCGCCCCCUCCUUCCAGACGCCACCAACAGCAACAGCAACAGCAACAGCAAGCGAGCAACGCCCCCAGGACUACUGCCGCAUCUUCAACCUAUCCAAGAUUACGAGCACUCUAUCUCCACUCUGAUGCUGAUGCUUCCUCAGACUUUUCAGAACUCGAACUCCAUCGACCCGUCCCCUCGUCCUCGGGAGGCGAAGGUGGUCUAGGAGACUUUUCCGACUACGAGACCCCACUGCCAGGUCGAUGGGAUCUGGCUGCUCAUUGGCAUAUGGGCGAGUACUACAGCGAGGGAGUUGAGGGAGAUGCAGACGAUGACGAUGACGAGGACCGUGACCUUGACACGGACUUGUCAGAGGGACCUACGCCUGGACCAGGAUUACGAGCAGGCCGUUGGACAGGUGGCAGUGACAGUGGAAUGCAACUUGACAUGGGGCGUGUUCGGGAUAUCCUGUCAAGUCCUAUUUCGACCCCUAUUGCGUUCAACAACAUUGAACUGUCGAGUCGUACUACAACAAGUGACUCUGUCACGACCGCAGGACCGAGCGCAAGCACAGGCACAAGCGCAGGAGGAGGAGGAUCCAUGUUUAGCAGCAACCUUAUUGGCAGCAUGGCAGACAUUGACUCGUCCACAAGCGAAGACAUCCUCUCCAGUCAUCAUCGUCAUCAGCAUCGGCCAUAUCAACCACACACCAACGCACCAGAGCGAUCAGUCCGCUUCUCCAGAGACGCGGCUCCUCCAACACGACCAUUCCAAACACCACAGCCCACGGCAGACAUUAAUACAUCCACACCAACACUCGAACCCAUGACACCCGAGAUCUUCACACCUGUCUCCGGCUCUAAUAUUGGAACCAACACUCAUGAUGUCGACGACAUUAUGCAGUCGACACGCUCUCUGACAGAGAUCGUUGGCGGUACCCUGGGUAGUCUCAAUCAGUACCGAUCAUCGACUCGACCGCAGGCGCAGCCUUCCUCAGGCACAGGACAAGACAGCUCUCUUGGUGGCAGCUUUGACCAUUCAGGCCACUCUCGUGUGUACAGCCCCUCUCGACUGACAGAUUUUACUGGACAAGGAAGCAGUCGGUCCCAGUUUGUCCGUUACCCCUUGCCACCCGGCGGCGGCAAUGGUCAGAGUCGAUUGGCAGGAGGGUCUGGAGGAGGAGGAGGAGGAAGAGGCAAUGGCUCUCUUCAACAACCACAGCAUCACCACCUAUUCGCGUUGGCAGCCUCGAACAGACAUGGACUGGUGUCUUCACCUCGAGGUCACCAUUCGCCGUACUGGGGCGCACAGGAGAGAUCUCGUCGACACGGAUCUCAGUCUCCUAGGUACUCUUCGACAUCUUCUCCUAACUCUUCCACCUCCUCUUCAAGAAUCGGCUCGCCGGUGUUGGGACCACAAUCGGCUGUGCUGAAGAGCCAAGAAACCGAAGACGGCGAGAAUGGACUGAUGAUGACAGAGCAGCAGGGUGAAGGACAUCGCCUCCACCAACUUGCGACAUGCAACACUCUUCUCACUGGUGCAAGAGAAGGAGGAGCAAGUCAACAAGCCAGCGGGAUGUCUCAAGGCAUCGGGAUUAGUCGUCAGCAGCAAGGAGCAAGUCGACAGGGAUCUUCGAUUUUAGCCACCGACAACGAACAAAAGAUCACGUCGCUGCCGUCGUUUGCAUCGUCGGUCUUCAUGCCGGUUAUUCAGGGGACAACGCUUAUACCGUGUGAGACAUACGGGCCUUCAGGAAUGUACCGAAGAUCCAGAACCAACCAUCCGAGACGGCCAUGUUGCUUCUUGCAGGCAGGACAAAAGUUCAAUGGGACCCAAAGCCUCAAGACCAUGACUUCGACACUUUCAGGAAUGCGAGCUCGCCAAGUCGAAGAGUGGAACGUCAAAGUCUCGAUCAGUGCAGUGGAUUACUACGCAGGAACGGUGUGUGGACAUAUGGAAGCGAUGGAUGUCCCUAUGUCUGUCUCAAACGUCGUCACCUUCUGGGAAGGCGAGAUUGUCGACUUUGACAACCAUACACUGUGGACAAGGAAAUGGGCAGCAAAGGAGAAGACAGAUCUGGAUCAUUGGAGGCGGCUGGAGGCUUUCAGGGGCAUGGACGAAAAGCACAUCAUCAAAGGAGCGGAAAGCGGUCGCUUCAAGGGACAAGUCACCCAGAAGUAUAUCUUUAUGCGAUGGAAAGAGAGACACUUUGUGAAUGUUAGUGAGCAGACGAGCGGACUGACGAUUGCAGGAUUCUACUAUGUGUCGAUGCGGCGGUCGGAUGGGUAUGUGGAGGGAUUUUACCAUGAUCAGGCGUCAACACCAUUCCAGCACAUCUCACUCAACCCGACCUUUGAAACCGCUGGCUUCUCCUCCCCCAUCUUCGAAUUUGCCUAG